UGCAACUACACUCACUAGAAAAUCGUCUGCGGACGUUGCUGUGCUCGUGUGUUGUCAAUGUUUUCGGAAGUUCCCGAGCAAACGAUAAAUCUUGAACAAAAAUAAUAAAGAAAGAAAAAGUACUCUUGCGGCUUGGUGAACAGCCUUGCCGAAGGGACAGCGAUAUAAAUAUGAUGACGAUACACUGAGAUAUCGUGAUCGAACAUCGAUAUAGUACGUUAAAAUAAUCGAUUUUCACGUCACCUUCAUUUGCAUCGCCUGAAUGAAUGGCGAUCGCUCCAAUGUGACAAGGAUUUAGUGCUCAGUUAGAAGUGACGGUUACAGCAAAAGAAUUGGCGGUUUCGUCUGAAUGAGAAUUGAUUUAUCUGGGCUCUUUUAAGCCAGACUUAAAUUGCCUCGCUCUCUAUUAAAUGAUUGCACUGGUCAUUGCUUUCCCACGUUUUGCAACUCUUUUAAAAAUAAAUUAAGGAAGAGUGGAAAAUAUAAGGAAGAAAUUAAAGUUGAAUUCUGAAUUUUUGAAAGAUUAAAAGAUCAUUUUUACUGGACUCGACUAUGCAGAGAAGUACAUAACGCAGUUAUUUCAUGCAACGAUUCAAUAUGAACAUAUAGAAACCUAACAAGAAAUAAUAUUGAAUAUAAGGUGAUUAAUCAUUAGUAGUCUCAAUGGACUUUGAUCGCCACAGACCUCCGCGCCAAAAAAGUGCGCCAACCAGCGACAAUGAAUCAAAGUACUACUUCUCGGACGUUGGCGAUGCAAGCCGUUCAAAAAGCUCUAAGCAGCUCAGGAGGCGCAAAAAUCCAGAGGAAUCUGACGCCAAAGACAGCCACAAAGGAAAAAGUUUCCAAUCUGAAAAAAGAGAGCUGAAAUUUCAAAGACCUGAUGAAAAAGAAAAGCAUUUUCCUGAUCACUAUCAAUUAAGAAGCGGCCCUGCAAAAGAGCAUGCCAUCCAAAAGUCAAAAGAAGCCACCCCGGAUGUCAUUCGUUACUCUUCCACCCCAGCAGACGAUAAUAUGGGUGGCAAUUUCAACCCCCCUGCCAAGUUCGGAUCUUGGGGACAACUCCUCAGUUCCAACGGCAAGCGACAAUAUUCGUCCCUCCAACCUAGCAAUCCGCAACCCCCCACUUCAGCGGCCAUGUCGACUCUCCCUCGUGUUGCUGGGCAACGGCGUCAGCAACAGUUGUAUCCGGCGGGAUUGAGCUCCGAAUCCGAAUCCUCUGGCGCAUCUCCUUCAUCCUCCGAUGAAGAUGGAGAUGAAGAUGAGGAAGAUGACGAUGAAGAUAAUGACGUGGAGAAUCAUUCCGAUGCCACGACAUGCACGGGAUCGGAAAUGGCACUGGCAGCAUCAAAGAAUGAACAGCAGAAAGAAAAAAGACUUUUCGAAUCGGAUACCCAUGUGACGAGCACGACGACAACCACGGCCACCCCUUCCGUGAGGUCGAUACCCCUGGCAGUCGGCAGGUCCCUCAGCUACCAAGCGGACAGCAUGGAUCAUAGGGACUUCCGGUCAUCUUGUCUGGCCAGGACGCCGUCCGGCUCUCUCUUCAUCCCCAGCGAAUGCAAAGUUCCAGCAUCGCCUCUGAACUGUCAUCUGUCCAGUCAACUCUCAAAAACUGUUAAUGAAAGCAAGGCAAACCCAGAAAGGUGUCACCUGAGCUACAGUUCGGGCGUUCCGGUUCCUGUAUGCAACAAUGUCCGUCGGUCCAGUCCCGGCCACUACUCCCGGUUCCAGUUCCGGAAGUCUUUCUCUUCUCGAUGCACCUGGAAGUGCACGGCUAUCGUCUGCCUCUUCAUAUCUCUCGCUAUUCUCUCCGCCCUUGCGUAUUUCGUAGCCCUUAUGUUCCCUUAUUGGCACCAUGCCAGCUCCCAUCCAUGUCCCGUUAUGGUAGACGAUAUGGAGCAAGAAAUAGGAAGAAUAAACUCUGCUAAUAUUCCUAAGAAGACGCCUCCACCAAGGAGUGAGACUUUCUCUGAAAUUCAGCUGGGCAAAUCGACGUCCGUCAAGAUUGGCGUGUUCGGCUACUGGAACUAUCAAUUCCACCUUCGAAAUCCUUCUCUAGUCAAGUUCAACUACACUUUGAGCCACGGAGCCAGCCUAGGGGUGUACGGAAGACGAGACGGUGUCCCCACCCACACAAGAUACGACUUUUUCGAGAUUCUCAAACCACGCAGCAGGAGGACGAAGAGAUCCGAAAAAGAGACAUUUAGUGUCGAAUUUGUACAGUUUCUGGAUCGAGGUUUGUGGUACAUAUCUGUUUACAAUGAUGGUGACCAGGCUCACGAUAUUAUAUUCACUUCUACAUUUACAGAUGAUUCAAGUCUACCUUGCCCAUAUGACUGUCAUGGUCAUGGUGCCUGUGUUAUGGGUAGAUGUGUGUGCAAUCCUGAUUAUGCUGGUGACGCAUGUGCAUAUCGUGUAUGUCCAGUUCUGUGUAGUGGAAGGGGUCAAUAUGUGAACGGUGCUUGCGUCUGUAGCUCGGGCUGGAAAGGCAAAGAAUGCCAUCUGAGAGACGAUGAAUGUGAAACGGCUGACUGUAAUGGACAUGGAGACUGCUUAGAUGGACUCUGCAGAUGUUUCCCUGGUUACAAAGGACCACAUUGUGAAGAAGUGGACUGUUUGGAUCCAGAAUGCUCUGAUCAUGGCAUUUGUGUGAGUGGAAUGUGUGUUUGCAGGAAAGGUUGGAAGGGCGCGGAUUGCAGCGAACCCGAUUCCGACGCUCUGCGCUGCCUACCCGAUUGCUCUGGUCAUGGCCAGUUUAAUUUGAAAUUACAAAAGUGCGCGUGCGAUGAGCAGUGGACGGGAACGGAUUGUUCCCAAGAGAAAUGCGAUCUGGAUUGUGGGAAGCAAGGUCAUUGUGAAGGUGGUCAGUGUGUAUGCAGCGAAGGUUGGACGGGCACAAAAUGUAACGAACGGUUGUGCGACCCGCGGUGUACAGAAAAUGGUCAGUGCCGAAAUGGAACAUGCCUGUGCAUUCAAGGAUGGAAUGGAAAACACUGCACUCUGGAGGGUUGUCCUAAGAACUGCAAUAACCAUGGUGAAUGUGUCGUGAAUGAUGAAAAUGAAUGGACUUGUCACUGUCAACAUGACUGGGAUGGCCCUGCCUGUGCAAUACCGCUGGAAAGGAACUGUAACGAUGGAACAGAUAAUGAUAAAGAUGGAUUAGUGGACUGUGCAGAUAGUGAAUGUUGCCUGGAUAAAGCAUGCGAAAACAACCCCCUCUGUUUUUCUGCAGUCGACCCCUUGGACAUACUUUUGAGGAAACAACCACCAGCUGUUACAGCUUCUUUCUUCCAACGAAUGCAGUUUCUCAUCGAAGAAGGUUCUGUUCAAAGUUAUGCACAUAAAAGUGUUUUCAAUGACAGUAUGCUUGGAAUUCUGUUUAAUACCAGUCGAGCAUCUGUGAUCCGAGGCCAAGUCGUGAGCACAGCAGGCAGUGGUGUAAUGGGAGUUCGAGUUGGUUUAGCUGGUAGUGCACAACCGGGAUUUACUGUUACUAGAGAAUCAGGAUGGUUUGAUAUUCUGGUAAAUGGUGGGGGUGCCGUCAAGUUACAUUUCCAGAGAGAUCCUUUCCGCCCCCGGGAUGUCACUGUCGUUGUCCCGUGGAAUGAGAUCGUUGUCAUCGAUAAGGUGAUCUUGAGUCUGGAAGAUGAGAAACCGCAAGAGUACAAAUCAUUACUAUGCUUGGAUCAUGAUUAUGACAAUAUGAAGCCAGUUGUUCUAGCCACAUGGAAACAUGGUUUUCAAGGAGCAUGUCCAGAGAAAAGUUCGAUUCUUGCUGAACCCCAGGUGAUUCAAGAAAGCCUCCCCAUUCCUGGGACCGAUCUUCACCUUGUCUACCACAGCAGCAGAGCUGGUGGAUAUCUAUCGACCAUCCAGUUGCAGCUGACUCCAGAUUCGGUUCCUUCUACCUUACGUUUGAUUCAUUUGAGGAUUUCUAUCGAAGGAAUACUCUUUGAGAAGAAGUUUGAAGCUGAUCCAGCUAUCAAAUAUACCUAUGCAUGGAAUCGAAGAAAUGUUUAUCGACAGAAAGUCUACGGCAUCGCAUCGGCAACAGUAUCUGUUGGAUACGAAUACAGUUCUUGCCAGCAUAUCAUCUGGGAAAUACAGACAACACAAGUAAGCGGCCAUGACAUGAGCGUGUCUGACAUAGGAGGUUGGAAUCUGGAUAUACAUCAUAAAUACAACUUUCACGAAGGUAUAUUACAGAAGGGUGACGGCAGUAAUAUUUACCUGAAGACAAAGCCUAAACUUUUGCUUACAACAAUGGGUAACGGCAUACGCAGACCACUGGAUUGUGACAACUGCAAUGGAUCCGCAAAACAUCAGAUGCUUCUGGCACCAGUGGCACUGGCAAGUGCACCCGAUGGAAGCAUCUACGUAGGAGAUUUCAAUCUCAUAAGGAAAAUAACUCCUGAAGGAAUGGUUUCUACUGUUGUACAAUUGAGCACUGCUCAGGUUGCGUACAGAUAUCAUUUAGCAGUGGGUCCGGUCGAUGGGCGACUCUACAUAUCCGACCCCGAGAAGCACCAAAUCCUGCGGAUGAGGCUGCCGGAAGAGACGACCAACAUUCAGGACAAUCUCGAAAUCGUCGUGGGAAGCGGAGAAAAGUGCUUACCUGGAGACAAGUUUUCGUGUGGCGACGGAAGAUUGGCCAAAUUGGCGAGACUUGCUUAUCCCAAAGGUAUUGCAGUAUCAGCACAAAAUGAAAUCUAUGUCGCUGAUGGAACUAAUAUAAGAAUGGUGGAUAAAAAUGGAAUCAUUCAUACCAUUAUUGGAGAUUAUUACCAUAAAAGCCAUUGGAAGCCAGUUCCUUGUGGGAGAACAGUCAGCUUAUCACAGGUGAACUUACGAUGGCCAACAUCCCUUGCUAUCAACCCUCUUGAUAGCUCACUUCACAUCCUGGAUGACCACAUGGUCUUGCGAGUAACACCCGACCGACGCCUCAAGGUCGUCGCCGGUCGCCCCCUUCAAUGUGCUUCACAGAUGGCAAAGGACAAAGUGGAAAUUUCUCCAGAAAUCUACUUGGAAUCGCCCCAAAGUAUUGCCUUUGCACCCAAUGGGGAUCUUUACAUAGCUGAGAGUGAUUCCCAAAUGAUAAACCGAGUUCGAGUUAUUGGAAGCGAUGGCCGGAUCCAACACUUCGCUGGAGCAGAAUCGGAUUGCAACUGUAUGGACCAGAACUGCGAAUGCUUCGACGAAGAACAUUUCCUUGCUUACAACUCGAAGCUUAACAGCAUAUCAGCCAUUGCUGUGACCCCAGAUGGCAAUCUUCAUAUCAGUGAUCAAGGCAACUUGAGAAUACGAUCCAUUACAGCAUCCCUUCCAGUUCCGAAUGAAGGUCACGAGUAUGAAAUUUAUGCGCCGGAAGUCCAGGAGGUUUAUGUCUUCAAUCGACAUGGGCAGCAUAUAUUGACGAAGAACUUGAUAACUGGAAAGCCUAUUUAUACCUUUUCGUAUAACGUUAACACUAGUUUUGGGAAGUUGAGUACAGUUACUGAUGCAGCUGGGAACAAGAUAUACAUUUUGAGAGAUUACAGCAACCAAGUAAAUACCAUCGAAAACACCCAAGGUGGCAAGUGCAGACUUGAAAUGUCUCGAAUGGGCAUGUUGCAAAGUUUUACUACGCCAUCCAAUUUCAAAACUCAGUUUGAUUAUCACGGCAGCAACGGCCUGCUGCGAAGCAAAUCGGACAGCACUGGAAAAUCUUAUGUGUAUGGAUAUGAUGAGUACGGACGACUGAUUGAAGGCAUUACACCAAGCGGGCAAAUAAUUCGUCUUUCUUACAACCUCAGCAUCAAAGGCGCUUCGGUGACAGUGACUCGUGAUGACAAAGAAUCUGUUGUGCUUCUCAUCAAAGGAUCAGAUGUUACAACCAAAAUAGGAGGUGCAGAAAAGAGAGUAACCCAGUUCCCAGAUGGCAGCCUGAUUAUGACUUCGGCCGAUUCCAGUACCAUCGAAGUCGAUACAACGGCAAGUCCCAUCCUGAAUGAUGUGAACCCCUUGAUUGCUGAAAUUUAUCCUCUACCAUCGAAACUCAAGGCGACUGUCAGCGAAGACAAUGUGCAGAACUUGGAAUGGAAAUACAAUGUUAAGAAAUCUGGUAAAGGACCAGCAAGACAGAUAACACAUAUUGGAAAGAUGUUGAAGGUAAACGGCGAAGUGUUAUUUUCAGUGGAAUUUGACAGAGAAGAACACAGUGAAACUGUGUUUGAUCGAAACCAAGUACCGUUGCUGACUGCCCACUAUGACGUUCUUGGACAACCAAUGCAGUGGAAACCGGCACAUAACUUCACAGCUGUUCGCUUGGACUAUGACAGAUAUGGAAGACUUUCUCAGUGGGAACGAGGUUAUCUUUUUGAACGUUAUACAUUUGACAUGCAAGGAAGACUAGCGGAGAUCAGACAUGCCGAUAAUACUGGAAUCAUGUAUAAAUAUGAUGAAGGGGCCAUUAGCAUGCCAAAUGAAAUUAUAGUUCCAAGUGGUAGCAGAUAUCUAUUGCAAUAUGAUUCAUCUGAAGGACUUCAAGCAAUCAUAACACCUAAUGGGCAUAAACAUGAGCUUGCCUUCCAAACAUCUCUAGGAUUCUACAAGCUACUUUAUCUAAGUCCUGGUGUGCGUUAUCCAUUUGUCACACAUUAUGGGGACAAUGGCCAAAUUCUUGCCAAAUUUUUCCCAGAAAACAGUGGCAGAGUUGUGUACCUUUACAAUGAAAAUGGUAACAUUCAGACAGUUUUCUGUGGCCCAGAAAGAACGGAUUUCUCUUACGUCGAGCAAAAGACUUUAGUUAGAUCUUGGACUAAAACAGUGCCAGAAUUAGAAUUAAGAACAGAUUUCAAAUACCAUGGCGUUCUUGUUCAAGAAGAAAGAUUCAGAGUUAGCAGCCGAAGUGCACUAAGCAACGCCAAGUUCCGAUACCAAUACGAAGGCCAUCUGACCAUUGUUGAAAUUGAAAUAGGAGCCAAAGUGGUAGGAGAAACAAGAUAUCGAUACAGUGUCCAGUCUGGCAUGCUAGAGCAAGUUCAACAAUUCCUUAUUCAUAGACCAAAAAUCAACAACGUUUUCAUUCAAGACGAUCAACGUCACUUUUCGAAAACGAUAGCUCAUGAUUCUUACGGUAGGAUCUCCCUAUUAGCUAUAAGUUUAUGGAAUAGGGAAGUAUUCUCUUUAAAUAUUCGAUAUGAUAAUAGGGGACGUUUAAGACAAAUGAGUACAAAAGCUGGAUAUGAUGUUGGUGUGGAAACGGUCAACUGUACUUACACACCAGAUGGUUACCUUAGUGAAGUUGCCGGUCGCCGCAAUUACAGAUUUUUGUACGAUGUGAAUGGAAAUAUGAAGACUUUCUGGGAAGAUGAACAUCAGAGUACUUUGAAAUACGAUGAUGGUGAUAGACUUGUCGGAUAUAAUGACAUGGAUCUUUAUGAAGUUGAUGUUAGAGGAUUUCUUGUUCGUAAAGGCGAAGAAAAGUUCACGUUUAAUGCUAAAUCACAAUUAAUCCACGCCACUCAACAUGGACUGUAUGAGGUUCAUUAUUAUUAUGAUGCGAUGGAUAGACCAAUAGCUUGGAGAGACCACAAAGGAAAUAUUACUCAAUUUUUCUACACGAAUCCUAAAAAUAAAUUCCAAGUCACCCAUGUUCACACUACUCAAGAUAAGAAAACAUUUGCGUUAGUGUAUGACACAAGCGGGCAUUUGAUGUAUAUAGAAGAUACGGCAUCCAAUAAAUACUUCGUGGCAACCGACCACUUAGGAUCGCCAUUAUUGGUGUUUAAUUCUGAAGGCAAAAUCGUGAAGGAAGUCAAGAGAACACCAUUCGGCAAGCUCGUAUUUGAUUCCAAUCCAGCAUUUAUGAUAUUUGUAGACUUUCGCAAUGGCUUGCGAGAUCCAUACACAGGCUUAAUAUUCUUCAAGAGCCGUGCUUUUGAUCCAACAGGUGCACAAUGGCUGACACCAAACUGGGAAGAUGUGCCAAAGUAUAUAUCAAAACCAUAUAUGAUACAUUUGUACAGAUUUCAUGGAAAUAAUCCUAUCAAUGAAGAUGAAGAAGAUUAUCAUUUAGACGAUUUAAGCAAAUGGAUCUCGGCAUUCGGAUUGGGAAAAUUCAAUGCACCUCUCACUCAGAGUUUCAAUACCAAACCAGAAUCAACUUUCAGCGUGAAGCAAAGUCUUCCUGUAAUAUCUGGCCUAAGUUGUACUGCUGACGUUGUAUCUCGAGAAUUCUUCCGUCUAACGACAGUCCCACGUACAGAAAUUCGUGGUCAUAUCUCUGGAAGUGUCAUCCAACCUCAACUCGCCAAUCUACCAUCAGUUCUUGGUGACGGUCUACUUCUUUCUAGAAGCAAAAACCAAGCCAUAGUUCAUGUCCUUAGCGAUGCCAGCCCUAUUUUACGAGAUGUCAUUACUAGUGUCCUCAAUGAUACACAGUAUGUGAACCUGCACUUCUCUCUUCACGGUCAGGAUUCGUUCUUCUUAGUCCAGCCAGACCAGAAACGGGUACAAGAGGAUUGGGACCAACUUCAACGUUUAGGGACAAUGUUUAAUGUGACUAUGCAUGCAGGGGAAGGUCAUGUGGACCUAAGAUUGCGAAGUCCUGCUAUUUUGCUCAAUAUACGUUAUGGUGGCGAUUUCGAAGAAGAGAGACAGCGGCUAUUAAGCCAUGCUAGACGCAAAGCGGUGAAGGAUGCAUGGCAGAGAGAAGUGAAGUUGGCUCAAAAAGGACUAAGGGGCAGUAGAGAGUGGACCAAGUUGGAGCUGGAAGACUUGCUAAUGAAAGGACAAGUUUCUGACUAUUAUGGUACAGAUAUACAUGAUGUUGAAAACUUUCCUCAGCUGGCAGAUGAUCCCACAAAUAUUGUCUUUCGAAAAUAAACCAUAAAAUUUUCCUCAUCCAAGUUUAUCUGUGAUCUGUGUAUAAAAUAAACUGAACUACAGGGAUGAAAGUAAUGAACUGAAUUAAAACUAGAAAAAGAUAAAGUCAACAUUUACAAGAUUUAUUGCCAUACAAUGGAUUUCCAUGAAUCAAAUAUGCUACUCUACUAUUAGAUGCAGCAUAAACUAUCCCUGUAGCUUCAGAGACAUUUUAAUUUAUCUCUUGUAAAAUAAAUGUGUUUCGCUAUGCUUGUUUUAAGAUACAUGAUUCCCUACUUCAGUUGUUUUGAGAUGUGGUGCACCAGAUAACUUCAUGUUACUGCAAGAAUAUCCCAAUGAAAACCUUUUGAUUCACAUCUGAAAUAUGAAAUCGUGUACUAUGAUGUCUAAAUUAUAUGAAAAGUAUGCUGAAAUAUUAUUGUUUUGAUUGUAUGUAUGAUUUGCUGAACAAACGUCCAGUUUUUCUAUCUGCCUUACAUCUAAGAUUUUGAUUUUUCAUGAACUGUAUAUAAAUCCCUUUUGAAUUUAUUAUGGAGCAAAAGCAGGGUAUUAUCUAGGAAAAUUACACUAUUGAUCAAAAAAAAUCAAAAUAUACAUCUAUGAUAGCAAAAUGUCGAAAAAUAUGUAAAAUUUAUCAACUGGAAACGUUUAUUUUGUAUCUAUAUUAGGAUAUGUCAUGAUCAUAAGUUUAAAAAAAAUUACUAUUAACAGAAUCAAAUGAAUGACGAAUUAUGUACAAUAUCAUGAAUGCAUGUUUUGAAAUUAUUCAGUGUUUUAUGACUUCAAAUAUAAGCUGUAUUAUAACUAUGAUCUCACUUUUAGUGAUAUUUUCAAAGCAAGUUAAAAUUAUGAAUAUGAGAUUGGUUAAAUAUAAAAUGAAACAAAAUGAAAUAUAAAAACAUACCUUCUUAAAAACGUGUUGCCACUGUUUUCUUGCGUGAAUAAAUAGACUUCUAUCAAAAUUGUAUUCAGCUUUGAAAACAUUGUUUCUUUUCAAAAGUCUGAAACAGAAAUAAAACUUUUUGUUAUAUACAUUUUUAAUUAUAUUUCAGUUUGGCAAUCUGAUGAGAAAUAUUUGAGUAGUGAACAAACAUAUUGAUGAAAAUAAAAACCAAUCUCAUACACAUAAUCUGUGUGUUAAUUUUUUUGUGUGUGUGCAUUAUCUACAAAAGGUAGUAACUUUUAGAAAAAUUACUAAAGGAACUAAAAAUAUAAAAUAAUGCUAUAUAUCAAACCAUUAGAAGAAAACUGCAGAAUUAUUACUAGUGUUAAAUAUUAAAAUAUAAACUUCUGUCAAAAUAAAAAUAUUCAACAAAAAUUCCUUUGGUAAUUUAAAUACAAGUUGCACUUUUUACUAACAUUUUUAAUAAAUAUCUUGCUGGAUAAAAAUGAAUUUGUUAUUUAUUAAAUUUCAUUCAAGACGGGUUUCGAAUAACCUCUGCUUCAACUUAUUUAAUGAAAAUUUGAGGAUACCUAGCUCAAUUUUUUAAAUUUCUUGACACUUUUACCAUUGCAGCUAGACUGGAGAGAAAGUUACUGAAGAGGAGGUUUUCUAACAUAACUGUGAUUUAUACGAUUCUUUUGUUAUAUAUAUAUAUAAGAUGUGUAUCCAAGAUUAUAUGUGUGAAAAUGUAUUGUGCAACUACAAAAAGGACAAAAAAAAAAGAGGACAAUCAUUUGCUUCAGAAGUCAGAAUGACAGUGCUGGACACUUUAAUCUUUCAACUUCUAUUUAAUCUGUGUUGUCCUGCUGUGUGUGUUUGUGGCCGUUGUAGGUCACUUGAAACUUACUCGAGUCAAGAAUUUGGUGUUUUUAUCUAAUGCAACAAGAAGCUUGACGAGUAAGGAAUUUCCGUCGAAAUACAAUGCCGAAUUGUUUUAAUUUAUACCACAGACCUAGCUGUGGGCAUUCUGUACAUAAUGUUCAUAGCCAAUUGCCUUGUAAAUAUUUGCCUAUAUAUAUAAACUAUUACAAAAAGUUUGUACUUAA